CACUUUGCAUAUAUGUCCUCAUUAAACAACAUCCUUUAUUUCCAAUCUGGACUCAGGGUUCUAGCCAAUAUGUUUCUCCUUUUUUUCUACACUGUUAUAAUCCUGUGUCACAGACCUAAGCUCCUGGAUCUGAUCUCCUGUCAACUGACCUUCAUCCACAUAGUGAUGAUCCUCACUGGAGGGGAUAUUUGGCUUACACAUGUAUUUGAGUCACUGAACUUUGAAAAUGGCUUCAAAUGUAAGACAACUUUUUACAUAAGCAGGGUGAUGAGAGGCCUCUCCAUCUGCAUCACCUGCCUCCUGACUGUGUUCCAGGCUGUCACUAUCAGUCCCAGUAUCUCUUUGCUGGCAAAAUUUAAACAUAAACGAAAAACAUACGUGAUUUAUGCUUUCUUCUACCUCUGGUCUUUCAAUUUGUCAUUCAGUAGUAGGUGGAUCUUCUAUGUUGGUGCUUUUACCAAUGUGAGUGACAGCAACCAGAUGAAGGUCACUGAAUCCUGCUCAAUCUUCCCCAUGAACUACAUCACCAGGGCACUGAUUUUAACAGUGACAAUCUCCAGAGAUGUCUUUCUUGUAGGAGUUAUGUUGACCACAAGUGCAUACAUGGUGAUUAUCUUGUUCAGACAUCAGAGACAAUACAAACAUCUUCACAGCAUCAGCCACAUGAGAGCAUCCCCUGAGAAGAGGGCCACCCAGACCAUCUUGCUGCUGGUGGUUUUCUUUGUGGUCAUUUACUGGGUGGACUUUAUCAUCUCAUGCAUCACAGUCCAGUUAUGGAAGUACGAUCCAGUCAUCCUGUCUGUUCAGAAGUUUGUGACGAAUACCUAUCCCACAAUUACUCCUUUGGUACAAAUCAGUUCUGAUAACAGAAUAAUCAAUAUUCUGAAACAGAUACAGCCACUGCACAACCAAAUUUUUAAAAAAGCAUAA